AUGACAGAUUCCGAUGUGAAUGUUGGCGAAAAUGUUAAACAAAAGUCCGAAAACAUCGACGAAGAUUGCGAAAAAGUCGUGUCUCAUGUUGCUUGUGUCACUCUAGAAUCGGACUCACUUCCAGAAACUCCAAAUAUGCCAAGGGCUGCAAGGAAAAAGAAGCGCUUAGUGCGUCGGCCACGCGGUUAUAAAAUGGAUGUUGAUCCUCAACCAUCUACCUCACAGCUCAAGCCAGAUAGUAGAAUGGAAUGGGAUGGAGCGGAAUCAUGUCUUUCUUCAACGAGCGAAAGCGAAGAGGGAAAUACUGCUGCUGAUGCUGAUGACGAACAAAGUGACUGGGUCGGGUACGCCCCCUCCGUGACCGAGGGUGACUUUGAUCCACUAGACGAACGCCGAGGUCGUCGACUACAGCAAAAGUUGCAAAUGUCUCAGUUACAACGGCGUCUGGAAAGAUUCGCGCUUGAAGGUGGGCGAGGAGAGAUGGGCAUCGAGUUUCGCAUCAAGGAUCGGCCUAAUUCAAUCCAGUUUAAUCGUAUGUUGUUACACUAUCGCCUGGAGGUUGUCAAACGUCAGCGUGGUACGGUUGUUAUCCGAAAGAAAAUUAACCCGUGCAAUAGAGUCCCAGAGUACGAGUAA